AUGGCCAUGUCGCCGAUCAUGGUGACGUCGCCCCAAUUUGUGGUGACAGGCACCCAGGCGCAGCCUCUCAAGCCAUGGAAUGUCCAGCGGGAGCCUGGACAUAGGACACGCAGCUGUGGCGAGACUGAAACCUUGCGCCUGAGUGCAAGCUUGGUCGCCUGCAUUGCCGCUGUAGCUCGCGGUCAUAGAAGGCAGCCACGUGGUGGAAAUCAACGGUGCCACCAGGUUUCCUUAGCUGCCGCGGGGAGUACGAUCGAGACUCUGGAGCAGGCAGAUCUAUCUGAGGAAGAGCUGCUCGCCCUAUUCAAAGAAGCAUCGAAGGGGAAGGAUGCAGUGACCUUCGACCAAGCAGCAGGCUUGGAGGGUGUGGAUGCUGUGCUAGAAGAAGGAGCAGCUAACAUAGAGGAGCUCAAGGUUAUUUGGGGGAAUGCCGACGAGCCGCUAGAUUUUGAUGGAUUUUGUGGAUGGUACAAUGAUGUGUUGAAAUUGUACGAUGCAUUCCUGUGGCAAGAUGCAGUGGCCCCACCUUCAGAAUUGCUGGCAGAAGAGCUGGGUGCAGAGGACCUGCGCGGGUUGAGUGACGAGCAGCUGCUCGAGGACGCUCCAGCCAUCGGGGUGAAAGUGCAGGAUCUCAACACCUCGCCCUUGAAACCAGCUCAACAGAUGAAAUAUGGGACAUUGACCGAAAAAGUGCCGGAAUACAUUGAACCACCAUGGAAGUUGGCGGAGAAGGAGGUUGCAAGGCGACUAGGCAAAGCGCCACCAGAAGACGAGGACGAGUUCGGCAGCUACGAGCAGGAAGCAAAACCAGGCGAAGGUGGACUCGCCACGCCGUCUGCUGGUGGGAGAAGACAAAACGUGGAGAUCACCCAAUUGUUCAGACAGGCCUGUGAUGAAAACAAUCUCCUCUCGUUUGAAGACAUGAAGGAAAUAUCUGAGAUUGAUGACCUCCUAUCCUCAGAGGAUUUGGCGGAGGAAGAGCUUCAGGACAUGUGGGAUGGCUUGCCCAAAAAAAAGGGCGAGACUAUCGAUGUGCUGGCAUUCAGAGACUUGUUGGCAAAGAUUGACGAGCUCUUUGAGUACGUGGAAGAAGAGGAGGAGGAGGAAGAUCCCAUCCAGGCGCUGAUGCAGUUCGAAGGUGGCGGCAUACAAAAAGCGAAGAAGCGCAGUCUCCUUACAGUCAAGCAAGAUUUGCUGGACGCGCUUGGCAGACUAGAGGCCCAGCAGGACAAGCCAGCUGGCCUCGGUGGCUCAGAAGAAGCCGACGGGGAAGUGAUUAAACUUGCGGGGGAGUUGGAGGAUAUUUGGAGAGACCAGGUCGGGGACUUCUCUGAGUUUGAUGGGAGCAAGCUGGCUGGCCUGUGGGAGCUGGUGUACUCGACAUCAGUGAAGUUCCGCAGAUGGGAAUCAGUAUUGAAUGGGGUUAGAGAUAUCAAGGAUGGCAAGUUCGAGGCGCUGAUCCAGAACUUUUCCAUAUGCGAAGACGACGAUUACAACGAGUAUGAUAUGGAGGAAGUAUUUAAGGUGCCAGUUGGUGAAGAUGGGAAGGAGGAAAUGGAGCUGUCCAUGCGGGGCCAGGGCUCUUGGAAGCUGGGAAUCCAGUCCAAUGUCGUGACGGGAGAGGAGGAUUUAGUCCUCAAGCUUGAAAUCACCGGCGUCGAGUUCGACACGCCCGAUGAUGCCGUCGACAAUUGUGGACCAAAAACACUGAUGAGCCCCAUGUGUAGGACUUUCAGCUAUGGCUUUCUCAGCUUCACGGAUGAUGAUCUUCGAGUCAUGCGCACAAGCCUCACUGGACGAUCAUUGUACAUUUUUCAGCGAAUUCCAGACGACGAGAAGGCAGACUAA